AUGGACUUCGAGCAACGCAAAGAGUGGCUUCUCUCGGUGCUUGACCGGUACGAGAAUGACUAUCCCUCAUGGACGACGGAACCCAAUAACGCCGACCCUUUCCAACACAACCACGCCUUCGACUUUCGCUCGCGGGACGGGAAACACUUCGCUUGGGGCCUUACGUCCGAAGAGCACUUUCCGCCCGGCGUCGAGCCAAAGAUGCACCAUAACGACUUCAACGUGACGCUCGACGCCCCGAAACCGUGGGACUUGAUGACGGGCAAGAUGCAACGUUGGACCGAAAUCGACGUCCCAACCGGCGGCGGCCAGACCUUUGUCGGGUUCGAGAUCGAGGCGUAUUGGUACGAUACCGCGAACGGCGAUGGCUACGUCGAAACCCGCACGCGGGACCGACUCAAGAUUCAUUUCGAGACGCGGUUCGGAUUCGGCUGUGACUGGCGUGUGCGAGUCUACUGGGUGGAAAAGUACUGGUGGGGCGUUUUCUGA